AACAGUGAGCAGCCAGUGAAGCAUCCAGCCUGCCGAACAAGCUUGCUUUUAGGGUCAGGAACUGGUCUGACAAGAGAAUGGCAAUCCUGCCUUUAAACUGUCAUUAGGACUGUGCGAUUGACGAUGAAUCUACCAGAGCUCCUGGCUCAAAGGCGAAACACUGACCAAGAGAAUGUGAAGACAUAUUUCAGGACAUUGUGAGUGCUAAAGAUGUCUGAUAGUGUUGAUAUUGAAGAGAAACCACCAGCCCCCCCCUUGAGAAUGAACAGUAGUUCCCGAGACUCUUCAUCAUUGAAUCACGCCUCUAAACCGCUUCCAAUGGCUCCUGAAGAGAAAAACAAGAAAGUCCGCCUGCGCUCCAUCUUCCCCGGGGGAGACAAGACAAACAAGAAGAAGGAGAAGGAACGUCCUGAGAUAUCCCUACCUUCAGACUUUGAACACACCAUUCAUGUUGGCUUUGAUGCUGUAACAGGAGAAUUCACAGGUAUCCCAGAGCAGUGGGCACGGCUCCUACAGACCUCGAACAUCACCAAGCUGGAGCAGAAGAAGAACCCACAAGCUGUGUUGGAUGUUUUAAAGUUCUACGACUCCAAAGAGACUGUAAACAACCAGAAAUACAUGAGCUUCACCUCGGGAGACAAGUCAGCACAUGGGUACAUAGCAGCAAACACUCUGAACCGACUGCUGUCAUCUGGGCCUCCUGUCAGCCUUAGAACCUGCAGCGCAUUAUUUGACAAGGGUGCCAAAACGUCAUCGUCAGAGCCCCCAAUCGCUCCACCUGUGUCAGAAGAGGAGGAUGAGGAAGAAGAGGAAGAGGAGGAAGAGGAGGAGGAGGAGGAGGAUGACGACGAACUGCCACCGGUCAUUGCACCUCGGCCCGAGCAUACCAAAUCUAUCUACACACGCUCUGUCAUGGACCCAAAGCCUCCCACCCCUGUGAAAGAAGUGUUGACUCCACCAGAGUCACAGGUUCAGCCGGAGGACACGUCCAACACAAUGUAUCGCCACACUGACCGCCAGAGGAAGAAGUCCAAAAUGACAGACGAGGAGAUUCUGGAGAGACUCAGGAGUAUUGUGAGCGUGGGGGAUCCCAAAAAGAAGUACACACGCUUUGAGAAAAUAGGACAAGGAGCGUCUGGCACUGUGUACACUGCCAUCGACAUAGCAACCGGCCAAGAGGUGGCCAUCAAGCAGAUGAACCUACAGCAGCAGCCCAAGAAAGAGCUCAUCAUCAAUGAGAUCUUGGUGAUGAGGGAAAACAAAAACUCCAAUAUAGUCAACUACCUGGACAGUUACUUGGUAGGAGAUGAGCUAUGGGUGGUGAUGGAGUAUUUGGCCGGUGGCUCGUUGACAGAUGUAGUGACUGAGACCUGCAUGGACGAGGGCCAGAUCGCUGCAGUUUGCAGAGAGUGUCUUCAAGCCCUGGACUUCCUACACUCUAACCAGGUGAUCCAUAGAGAUAUAAAAAGUGACAACAUCCUCUUGGGUAUGGAUGGAUCCGUCAAGCUCACCGACUUUGGCUUCUGUGCCCAGAUCACUCCAGAGCAGAACAAGCGCAGCACGAUGGUGGGAACGCCCUACUGGAUGGCACCAGAGGUGGUGACUCGGAAGGCUUAUGGCCCAAAAGUGGAUAUCUGGUCUCUGGGAAUCAUGGCGAUAGAGAUGGUGGAGGGAGAACCGCCCUACCUGAAUGAGAAUCCACUCAGGGCGCUGUACCUGAUAGCUACCAACGGCACUCCAGAAUUGCAGAACCCAGAGAGGCUGUCAUCUGUGUUCAGAGACUUCCUUAACCGCUGUCUGGAGAUGGAUGUGGACCGCAGAGGCUCUGCCAAGGAGCUGCUCCAGCAUUCCUUCCUCAAGCUGGCGAAGCCUCUAUCCAGCCUGACGCCUCUGAUUGUAGCUGCAAAGGAAGCCAUAAAGAACAGCAGUCGCUAGGGUGUGUGCCCUCUGUCCCCACCCGAGGCUGGAGCCCUGCCUGUAAUGUGUGCAUUCAUCGGGGCAGGGGCUUGGGUGUAUGGGUGGUGGGUGACAUGACAGCACAAGGAGGGGGCUUGUGUGACUUAAGGUGACAGCACAAGGACAAAAGACCCCGAGGCCUCAUAUGUAGGACGGACAUCUGGCCUUGCAGCCUCUCGGCCCAUGCUGCUGAAAAGACCUUGCCUCCUCGUUUACUUCUCCAGCACUCUGUACAUGUAGAGCAAUCCAUCACAAGUAUGUGUGCGUGUGUGGGCGUGUGCGUGCGUAUGAUGUGUACCAACUGUGUCAUAUGUCUCAUUUGGCAGCGGUCGCUCCCCAAACCAAGAAAAUAUGGUAAAAACAAAACAAAAAGAAAACGUGCUCUCUUUCAAGAAGAAACAUCAGGAGUGAAGAGGAGAAAGAGCCUGUGAUUCCUUCCCUGCCCAGCUUUAGGCUUGGAUUUCUUUCCUCUAGUCCCUACAUGGAGCACAAUCAGGCCACGCUUGCACCUGCAGUGACCAGCAGAUGAUGGUGGGAGAGUGACUCUGGGACUCUGGACCCAACCUUUGCCUGCAUGACUAUGGCUCUGUGGAGAAACAUUGCUAUUCCUCCGCAGAUUGUCACAUCUCAAGGUGGCGUGUUUUUGUGCAUGUGUGUGUGUGUGUGUGUGUGUGUGUGUGUGUGUGUAGGGGUGCAGCUACAGGGGGAAAAGUCAGGUAUAAUUUCACAUGACCUAUGCCAACUUUAAAUAUCCGUCAUUAAUCCGCUUCAUAUCGGUGAAAAGAUACCGGUUUUGUAUUUCAUUUGAGCCAACUUCUCUCAGUCUCUGCCAUGGAGUCACUGGGUUCAGGUUAUCUGCGAUUAAUUUGCUGAUUUGACUCUAAAACUGAUGCAUAUUAACUAAUGCAAUGUUGUCAUUAUUUAAUAUAUUGAUUGAAUUUAACCAGAACUGUAAUGCAGCAUCAAUAAUGUGACUCAACUGUGCACCAUACACAGAGAAAUAUUGAAUUUAAAAUAUAUAUAUAAUAUUUUUCUUAUCAAUUUCAGGAGGAAAAUAUUUGGGGUUGUCAUUUAUUGUGAUGUAGUUAGAGACACAUGUAGAUGAUAUGUCGCACAUUUAAAUCAACAUUUGGUACUGAGCACUCCUUAAAUAUACUAUAAAAUACUGUCAGCUUCAUUACUAAUGUAAACAAUUUAUUUGCAAAUUUGACAGAUCAUUUGAAAAUUCAUGGACACAAACUGUAGCAUUCACUGUGUACAGGCAUCUCAAACAGGAUAAUCCAUAUAUUCAAUGUGUGGCUUUUUGUUGUAAAUUAAUCAGGUGAUGUCCUUUUAAGUUGCCAGCACACAGUGGACCAACAUUUCAGCCUUUCAGAUAAGCUUUUUCAGUGGCAAAUAGUCAUGUAAUUACUUACCUACAGUGAGUUGGAGAUCUUGUGCCACACAGUUUCCCAUAGUGCCCCGCGCAUCCCUGUGACCUUAAACCUUAAGCAGGAAAGAUGCCCCUUGACAAAAAAAUAAUGCAACUAAAAAUAUAUAUUCAAUCCAAACUGCAACAAGAUAUAGAGGGAGAAAGAUAAUUUCCUCAUCAUGUAAUGAAUCAAUCAUUUAAUCUUUUGUGACUUAAAAUAACUUUUGAUGACAUCUAAACUUUAAAGUAUGAACAGAAAUGUAAAAUACAGAUAAAAUAAGUUAUUCUCUAAUCUGAAAAAUAAUUCUACUUGUUUCCAUUACUGAGUCUUCAUCUAUUGCAGAAUACAUUAUAUGACUGUGACUAUACAUGUUUGGAUUGAAUGCCAAUCAAAAACCUGGCCUACCUGUUCAGGUGAAAAUACUGAAUAUACAACAUCCAUGUCUAAUGAGGCACUGGGCACCCACUGUCCCCUUCACCCACCUGUCUCCUCUUUUGGUAUUUAAGAUGCUGCUCAUUAAUGCUUCAGUGUCCUUUUGUCUUUUAAUGGUGUCUUAUGUGGCUUUUUUUUGGUAUGAUCUAUACGUUUUGUAGUGAGUUUUUGGGCGUGUGGCGUAUUAAAAAGGGGGAAUGUUAUCCACUGAGCAAAGUACUGAGUGCCAUUUUAUGAUUGUACGGUGUCCCGAUGAGCACUGAAAGCAGAAACUGUAGUAGAGGUUCACACUGUUUGCUAACAUUCCUUCCAUACUUGGUUAGCAUUUAAACUCAUUCAUGUACAGUUAUCUACUUUGUGUCGGUAUUUGGUAGCUUCGUCAGGCGUUUCCCAUGUAGCAUCCCUCUGUGUGUGAGUGUGUGUGUUUGUGUGUGUGUUAGGGGGGCUACCUCAAUCCGCACUGGAAGAUGCCUCACUCGCGUUGUCCACCUUGACUUUGAGGUGCAGGGUAGCUGCUUAGUCAUAAUGUACCUCCAUUGUACAACAAAUGUACAGAAGAUGAAGGAGUGAUGUUAGACAGGAGGAUGCAACCGAAUUCAUGCAUGUACAACAAACUAUACACUGUAUCUCAUCUUCAAAUAGGUUAAGAUUGUUAGGAUAUGUAUGUAUGUAUGUAAAUAUGACCCCCCCUUUUUCAAAAUUACGUAACUUAAAAUGACAAUAUUCAGGUUGCUCUAUGGUAUGUAUCGAUAAAUGUUUUGCACCCUGGACAUCAAAAAAGAGAAAAACGAAUACACACACUGUCUCUGCACUCCUGGAUCCAGCUCUCCUGUUUGGGCUUUAUCGGACACUCCUUCAUCUGGAUAGAGAGCCGGUGGAUGCAGCACUCUGUGUGCGGGCCCACACAGUCUGUCCUGAGUACCACUGCUGAGUGUACAUGUACUGUAUGUGUGUGUGCGGUAGAUGUGGGUGGCCUGUCAGGAAGCUUCGCCAGCCCUGGGACGUUUGGCGUCUGCCCCAUGUACAGGUCUGAACUAUGAGCACAAAAGGCAUAUUUUCGGGACAAGAGAUACCGCUGACGUGCCCCUUUUCUGUGGUUGCUCCUGUACAUUCCUAUCUUCUGAAUGUGUAAACCUGUACACGUGGUGUGAAAAUUCCUCUAUAAAUGUGUAUCAAGAGAAUGGAACAAAGACAAAAAAUGUUACUUUUUAAAUUAUUAUUAUCAUUAUUAUUAUUACUCUUAUUAUUGUCUAGCUUUGUAAAAACUGCUGAUCCAUCUGGCAUACCUCAGCAGGCCUUUCCCCAUCUUUGAAAACGGACAAAUUAGCAACGGGGAAAUGAGGUUUUGGAUAAACUAUUUUUAAUUGUGGUUGAAGCAAUAGACUUUUUGAACUUUGAAUUGUGCAUGGCUGUGUCUUGAGUGUAAAAAAACAAAAUAUUGCAGUUUGGGAACUGGACUGAAAUAAAAAGAGGAAGAAAACCAGA